AGGCAACCCCCAUUGGGUCACUAGUACGCCAUUUUCCUUCUUUCUUUCUCUAGCUCUCAUCUCUCCCGAUGGCUUAGCCAUUCUUCUCCGCAAUCUGAGAGUUCAUUCCAGGUGUAUAUUAAAUCUCCACUCUCAUUCUCUUUUUGAUGCAAGAUUUUCCCUCCUGUCUAGCUAUCUUCAUCUCCCCUCUCAUUCUCCUCUGCACAUCAACAGGUACUGCCAGCCCUAGCUCUGAAACUGGCUUCCCCUCUCGUUCUCUUCUACUUUCCCUCUUGUUCUCUGCUAAGUUAAAAGCAUCGUUGGCCUAUUUUUCCCAACGAUAGAGGUCGAACCAGGAUUAGCAAGGAACCCUGGAAACAAGAUCCAUAGCCAUCUUUCCCCUUGGAGAUUGGAGUUGAUAGAGUCUAAUACAAGCAACGUGUGGAGUACCAUCUUCAAGUCUAUUGAUUUUUAAUGCCUCGUGUAAUUAAAAGCUUGAGAUUAAAGAGUUGUUACUGAACUUCUGACCAGAAGAUUUGAAGGAAAAAUGUUUUCAGGUGGUAAUCCUUUUGGCCAGUCAUCUAGUGGCCCAUUUGCAUCCCAAUCAGUCUUUGGACAGACCAGCAACGCAAGCAACAAUCCCUUCGCUCCCAAGCCCUUUGGCAGUACUACACCUUUUGGUUCACAGACGGGAGGUUCCAUAUUUGGCGGCACCUCAACUGGCGUUUUUGGUACAAACCAAUCUUCUUCAGCUUUAGCUUCCACACCAACAUUUGGUGCUUCAUCUUCACAAGCUUUUGGAAGUUCAAUGCCUACUUUUGGAGCUUCUUCAACUCCUGCUUUUGGAAGUUCAUCAUCAUCAUCAUCAUUUGGUGGAACUUCUGUAUUUGGGCAGAAGCCUGUUUUUGGUGCCUUUGGGUCCAGUCCUACUCAAACACCACCUUUUGGAAGCACGUUUCAACAAUCUCAACCUGCAUUUGGAAGUAGUCUAUUUGGUUCAACCACACCUUUUGGUGCAUCAAGUCAACCUACAUUUGGUGCGGCUAGCACUCCAGCUUUUGGUUCAACAAGCACUCCUGCCUUUGGUGCAAGCACGCCAGCUUUCGGUGCUACAAAUACCCCAGCCUUCGGUGCUACAACCACACCAGCCUUUGGCUCUACAACAAGCCAAGCAUUUGGUAGCUCCCCUGUCUUUGGAUCUGGGGGAGCAUUUGGUGCUUCUAGCACCCCACCUUUUGGUGUUUCAAGCACUCCGGCAUUUGGUGCUUCAAGCACUUCGGCAUUUGGUGGUACCAGCACUCCAGCAUUCGGUGCAUCAAGCACUCCUGCUUUUGGUGCAUCCAGCACCCCAUCCUUUAGUUUUGGAUCAGCUCCAGCAUUUGGCCAGUCAACGUCUGCUUUUGGUAGCAGCCCUUUUGGAGCUACCACAUCUCCCUUUGGAGCUCAAAGUUCUCCAUUUGGGAGCCAGGCUACGACAUCAACAUUUGGGAGCACUAGUUUUGGGCAGUCAGCCUUCGGGGGUCAGCGUGGAGGAAGUAGGGUAGCUCCUUACACACCAACAACUGAGGUGGAUAGCGGCAGUGGUACACAACCCGCUGGAAAGUUGGAGUCGAUAUCGGCCAUGCCUGUCUACAAAGAUAAGAGUCAUGAAGAGCUGAGAUGGGAGGACUAUCAGUUAGGAGAUAAAGGGGGUCCAUCACCAGCUGGUCAGUCUGCAGGUGGACUUGGCUUUGGUGCUUCCAGCACACAGUCCAACCCUUUCAGUUCCGCGCCACCAUUUGCUCAGCCAUCAGCAAAUCCUUUUUCUGCAUCAACAUCUUCCAAUCCAUUUGCUCCGAAAACUCCAUCUUUUGGCACCUCAGGCUUUGGAACCUCAUCUGCUCCUGCAUUCAGUUCACCCUUUGGUACUUCAUCCACAUCCAACCCCUUUGGGUCAAGCUCAUCAGCAACACCUUCCCUGUUUGGAACGUCAUCAACCACUGCAUUUGGAACCAGCUCCUCCCCAUCUCCUUUCGGUGUAUCGAGUUCAUCUGCUUUUGGAUCAUCACCUUCUCUUUUUGGUUCUGCUUCAGCCCAGGGAACUGCUGGAUCAUUUGGCUCUGGAUUAAACUUUGCCAACACUCAAUCAUCGCCACUCUUCCAGUCCGCUGUACCUUCGCUUGGGCAAACUGGCUCUGCUUUUGGGCAGACUAACACUUCCUUUGGACAGAGUACUACCCCUUCUUUUGGUCAAUCAAGCAUAUUUAAUACACCGUCUACUGGCUUUGGUGGGAACCUGUUCUCAAGUACUCCAUCACUGCUUUCUUCAAGCAAUCCAAUGGGCUUUAGUCAAACAGCUCCUUCUCUCACCACACCUUUUCAAUUGGCUCAACCUGCUCAGGCAACUGGUGCUUUUGGCUUUAGUAACUUUGGUCAGACACAAGCAGCUGGUACAAGUGGAUUUGGUGGCAUGCCAAGCAUCUUCGGUCAGAAUACCUUUGGACAGUCGUCUGCCACACAGAGCUCUGCUAUUGUACAGCCUGGCCUUGUUACAAAUCCUUUUGGAACUCUGCCUGCUAUGCCUCAAAUGUCGAUUGGUCGUGCUGGAACUGCAUCUUCGAUUCAAUAUGGAAUUUCUAGCAUGCCUGUUGUUGACAAGCCUGCUCCUGUUAGGAUAUCAUCAUUAUUGACAUCUCGUCACCUGUCUCAAAGACGGAUUAGGUUGCCUGCAAGGAAAUAUUAUCCUAAAAAUGAUGCUCCAAAGGUGCCAUUUUUCAGUGAUGAUGAAGAAACACCUAGUACACCAAAGGCAGAUGCCCUUUUCAUUCCCAGGGAGAAUCCAAGAGCUCUGGUUAUUCGUCCGAUGGAACAAUGGCCUUCAAGGGCUAAUGCAGAAAAGGCAGCUUCUUUGAAGGAUACACCAACAGAAGCACAUGAGAAUGAAACCCAAGCUGCAAAUGGCCUUGUCAAGGAUCCCAUUCGUCCUGUCAAACCUAAUGUGAGGCCUAAUGGAGUCCAUGAUGACAAUUCCAAUCAAAAGGGAGAUUCAUAUAUUACACUUACUGGACACAGAGCUGGUGAGGCUGCCAUCGUGUAUGAACAUGGUGCUGACAUUGAGGCACUAAUGCCAAAGCUCCGACACUCAGAAUACUACACAGAACCUCGAAUUCAAGAAUUGGCAGCAAAAGAAAGGGCUGAACCUGGGUUCUGUCGUCAUGUUAAAGAUUUUGUGGUUGGACGACAUGGUUUUGGCAGUAUCAAAUUCAUUGGGGAGACAGAUGUGCGGAGGCUUGAUCUUGAGUCUCUCAUCCAGUUUAACAACCGAGAGGUAAUUGUGUACAUGGAUGACACCAAAAAGCCUCCUGUUGGACAAGGUCUAAACAAGCCUGCUGAGGUAACACUCUUGAACAUAAAAUGUUUUGACAAGAAGACCGGAUAUCAGUAUACCGAAGGGCCAAAAAUUGAGAAAUACAAGGAGAUGCUCAUGAGGAAAGCAAAAGACCAAGGUGCUGAAUUUGUGUCCUAUGACCCAAUUAAAGGUGAGUGGAAGUUCAGGGUCAACCAUUUCAGCAUGUACAAGUUCGGAGAUGAGGAAGAUGGCCUGAACCUGAGUGUUGCCUCCAGUAGCUGAUUCUUCAAGUUUCCCGCUUUAGGGGAAAGCGUUUCGUUUUUCUGCACUCUGAGAAUCGGUUGAUAUGGAUUUGUAUAGAAUUCACUGUGUUGUUUUGUGUUCUUCCGAUUUUGGUUUUUGGGUAUACCCAUGCUUAUGAUGGCGCUGUAUCAUGUGCUUUAGUGUGUUGUGCCUUUCUGUCCUUUGCUGGGUGUUUUCUUGAUCUUGGUUUCCCUUUUUUCUCUUUGCCUUUUUUUUUAGUUGGGGGGUAGGGGUGGGGUGGGGAGUGGGACUUCCCUGCCCAUUCAGGUUCCCCAUAUUUUCCAAUAUUUUUAAAGAUAACAUAUUGGUGGCACAAUAUUUCCAUAUUUGCAGUUCUGCUUCAAGUUGUGAAUGCUCGUGUUCCAUACAAUGAAUCUAUUAUGCAUUUGAACAAGAA